GAAGUACAAGCAUGCAUUUAUGGCACCAGCCAACUACUUCCACAUUCUCUCCCUCUUCCCUUCCCCAUGGCCUCAUCAUCUCAAUUCUCAAUGUCAAUCUCUUGGCGUAAACCCUAAAACUUGAGACACAUCUAUUCAUGGCGGAUGAUGCAGCUUUGCGAAGAUCUCUGAUAUGCUUAGCUGCAAUCAUGGCGGUGAUAGGACUGUACACGCAUUCCUUGAAGAAGGUGAUGGCGACGUAUCUGUUCGGAAUGUUAGCGAUCGGAGGCGUCGUUCUUCCUGAUUGGGAGUUUUUCGAUCGUCCUGUUUCUCAAUGGAGUUCUCCGUUGUCUGUUCCUCAGUUGCCUCCUCUUCAUCCCCCUCACUCGCCUCCAACUCCUUCCAGGUUUAGGUUCUACCCUAUAAGAACAAUGAUUUACGCAAUGGUUUAUGGGUAUGGUUUCUAUAAAUGGUGGAUGUACAUAUCAUCAACCUAAGUUAUGUAUAGUUGACUGAAAGUUUGAAACUACCUACCACAUAUAUAUAUAUUCCUAAUUUAAAACUUGUCUAAUAAAAUUUGGAUAAUACAUUUAUUAAAUUGAUAUUGUUCUAUGUUUUUAUUGGGUUUGAUGCUUGUCAAAAGGCUUUUGAAUGAAAUUGUUGUCUGAAUUUUAUUUUGUGUCACGCUUGAGUAUGUAUAAUCAUUUUUAAUUAUCGUAUGUUUGUAUUCAUUCAAGUUGCUACAUCUUAUCAAUAGAAGCAAUUGAAUGUUGGAAAUUUGAAGGAACUCUACUGAACGGUUAAGGAAUUCCAUCUUCUGUG